AUGACCAAGUUGAACAUCAUCCUCAGCUUCGCCGCCGCCGCCGCGCUGGCACUCGCCACCUUCGAUGGUGUCAACGCCGCCAGCCUCCGAUCGGUCGACGCCGACAGUUUCCUGGGCAGCUUCGACGCCAGCACGGACGCCAGCGACAGCGGUGCGGGCGAGCGCUUCCUGUUCGAGAUGGAGGGGAGUGAGAGCGCCGACACCGACGUUGAUGCGGAGGGCAGCGAGAGUCUUGACGGCGAGCGGUUCCUGAUGGAAGUGGACAGCAGCGACGAUAGUGCCGCUGACGACCAGGGUAGUGAGAGCCUUGAUGGCGAACGCUUCCUACAGGCAGUUGACAGCGGUGAUGACAGCGCGGCGACUGACGGGGGAAGCGAUAGCUUUGACGGUGAGCGGUUCCUGCAGGAGGUCGACGGCAGCGACGAUAGUGCAGCAGAUGACGAAGGCAGUGAGAGCGUCGACGGUGUCCGAUUCCUUCAGGAAAUCGAGGGUAGUGAGAGUGCAGACGUCGACACCAGCAGCGACAGUGUUGACGGCGAGCGAUUCUUGCAGGAAGUCGAGGGCAGCGAGAGCGCCGAGGCCGACGACAACAGUGCAAGCCUUGAUACCGAGCGCUUCCUGGUUGAAAUGGAGGGUAGCGAGAGCGCUGAGGACGAAAGCAGCACGAGUGCUGAUGAAGAGCGCUUCUUAGAGGAGGUCGAAGGCAGCGAGAGUACCGAGGGCAGCGAGGGAUCGUUGUAA